AUGGCGGUUGAAGCUUCCGUCAACGUAGAGCAACCCAGGUCCAAGGAUCUGGAGAUUGCGGAGAAGCAGCCUUCUCGGCCGGGCAGCAUCGAAGAGGACCUCAAGGCUGGCCAAGUUGAGCUUCUUGAUGAGGCCGAGAUCUUCUUGCAGCAGAAUGGCCUUUCUCAUGCGCAUCUGCGAGAGCUUAUGGAGGAUGAACAGGCUCAGAAGAAGCUUGUUCGUCGGAUCGAUCUUACGUUGCUGCCCCUCCUCAUGGGAACAUAUCUCCUCCAGUAUAUCGAUAAGCAGGCUCUGAGUUAUGGCGCAGUUUUUGACCUCUUUGAAACAACCAACACUUCCCAGAGCCAGUACUCGUGGCUGGCCAGCAUCUUCUACUUCGCCUACCUACUUGCAGAAUGGCCGGCAAGUUACCUUGCUCAACACUUCCCCACCGGCACCAUUGUCAGCAUCUUCGUCCUCUGCUGGGGAACUGUCCUCACCUGCACCGCUGCAUCCCAUAGCUUCGCCGGCCUUGCCGUCUGCCGCUUUCUCUUGGGUGCAUUUGAGGCCGUCAUCACGCCCUGCUUCAUGAUGAUUGUUAGCAUGUGGUAUACCCGAGCGGAGGCGCCAAUGCGUGCUGGAUCGUUCUACUGCUUCAAUGGAUUCGGUUCCAUGAUCGGCGGUAUUCUAUUUUAUGGUGUCGGCCAGGCGGAUGGAUGGGAUGUGUGGAGAAUCAUCUUCAUCAUUUGUGGUGGUCUGACCAUCGUAUGGGGAAUCAUCCUGUUCUUCUACUUGCCAAACAACAUCAUGACGGCCAAGCGCUUCACCGUGGAAGAGAAAGCCCUCCUUAUUGCUCGCAGCCAGAGCAACAAGACUGGUGUCUUCAGCAGCAAGAUCAAGCCGGCUCAGAUUAAGGAGGCUUUCAAGGACCUCCAAGUGUGGCUUCUUUUCUUCUACACCCUUCUCAACGAAAUUGUCAACGGAGGCAUCGCCAACUUUGGCAAACUCAUUGUCAAGGGCUUCACAAAGGACGCUCUCUUAACGACUGCUUACGGCAUUCCUUACGGCGCUUGGGUUGCUUUCUUCAUCUUCACUGGUCCCUUUUGCGCCUCAAAGCUUAAAAAUUUCCGGACCAUUGUUAUGAUGACUUGGGUUCUGCCGACACUCAUUGCGGUUUCCCUGUUCUUGAAGCUGGACCGUGGCAACAAAAACGGGCUACUAAUGGCGUACUACAUUAGUCCCUCCUUCGUCGGCGCUCUUGUCGUUGCCCUCCAAAUGCCGGCUGCCAACGUUGCGGGUUACACCAAGCGUGUGACCUCAACUGCCUUCGUCUUCUUAGCGUACUGUGUGGGCAAUAUCAUAGGCCCGCAAGCCUUCCUUGCGUCGGAAGCGCCCAUCUACGGUACUGGCUGUAAGGUUAUCAUGGGCUGUACUGCCGGUCAAGUCGUGUUGGCUAUCGCAAUUCGGCUGUUGUUAAUAAAAAGGAAUAAACAGAGAGACGCAGAGGCGGAGGCUAGUGGUCAGAAUGCCGAGGAUGUGUCCGAUGAAGUUCUCAUGGACUUGACAGACUUUGAGAACAGGAGGUUCAGGUACUCUUAUUAG